AUGUAUAAUUGCUAGUUAGAUGAUAGAUUUGUUUAUUCAAACAACAAUUUGAUACACGAAUCAAAUCAUAUUUAGGUCUAUGAGGGCUUAGACAUGAGAAAUUAACAGCCUAUAUAUGUUAAAAUAGUAGACGAAAAAGCCUUUAAUAUGUUCGAUAGGCAAACGAAUUAGUAAGAAAAGGAUAUCAUUUUUAAGACAGGCAUUGAGAUUAAAAAGUAACAAAUUGAAAUGUUUACUCAGCUAGCAAAUACAAACUAAAGUCGCUAGUUCUCACCAUAAGUGCUAGAUGUAUUAGAAAUUUAAUCCAGUUAAAUUGCUGUGAUACUUUAAGGUAGCAAAUUUGGUACUUUGAAUGAGUAUUUAUAGAGAAAUAACUACUUAGAGGAAUAUGAUGCUCUUCUUAUCUUUAAAUAGGUAGCAUUAGGCUUAUAAGAGCUUCACAAUUAACAAAUAGUUCAUGGAGCAAUAUGUCUUGAUAAUAUUUAGGUUGAUGAAAUGGCUUUUUCUUUAACGUGCUUAUCAAUACCUGGAGGUUAAUUUAGCAAAAUUACUCAUUAAACUCAAUAAUAGGAAGUUGAGAGCAAUUAUUAUUUAUCACCAGAGAUAUUAGCUAAUAUUACAGCAUAAAAAACUAUGAAAUCUGAUAUUUGGGCUCUUGGUAUAUUAUUUUUUAGGCUUUUAAGAGGAAGAUAUUUUUAUGGGGGUAAAACUAGAGAAGAAAUAUACAAUUAGAUCACUGCUCAUAAAACUAUAAUGAAAAGUUGGCUUGAUGAAUUUGAUAAGCGUGAAGGGGAUUUCCCUAUUUAAAUUUCAAGAUAGUGCUAGUUUUUUUUGGGAAAGAUGCUUGCUAAGAAUCCAGAUGAUCGUCCUACUAUUUCUGAAGUUCUUAACAACUCUUUAUUAGAAGUAGUAAAAAUAAUAGGAAAAAAUGAUUAAUCGAGCAUUUCAAAUAUAAAAAAAUACGGAGGUGACUUACUUAUGAACCUUCCUCCUAAUUUACAAAAUUCUUAAAUAGGAGCACAAUACACAUUUUUUAGAGAAAGUAGAAUUAGAAAUGAUAUCGAUGGCUAUAUGGUUGAAGAUCUAUAUUUUGGUGUAAUGCUAAAGCCACAUUAAAAUUAAACUUCAAACAUUAAGCAAUAUGACAAGUCUUUGAUCAGACUUAAAGUUGUUGGAAACUUUCCCCAUUAGAAAGUUGAUAGAUUUCUUGAAAAUGUUGAAAAGUUUUAACAAUUAGAAUUAUUUGAUGCAGCUGGAAGAAGUGAAAUCGUUAGAAUUUAUGAAAUUGUUUAUCUUCUUCCUGGUUAAUUGAAUAAUCCUUUAGGAUAAGUGAUUAUAGCAUAGGAUUACUGUAAUCAAGGAAACUUAAAUGAAUAUUUUAUUAAACGUAAAAACACAAAUUAAAAAAGUGUUUAUGAAAUCGAUGCUACAUUAGUUAUGCACCGUCUUCUCAAUACUAUGACUAAAAUAUGCAGAGUCCUUAACUUUCAUGGAGCUUUUCAUAUGAAAAAUUUGUACUUAGAUUAGGGAAUGAUAAAAAUUGGUGAACCUUUAAUUAUAAGCAGUAUUACAGAAUAAAAAUUUUAAGAAAAUAGAGAAAUAUUUGAUUACUUUGCUCCAGAAUACAAGUAAGAUGUUGGAAUUUAUGAUCCAAGAGCAGAUUUACAUAAGGUAGAUAUUUGGAGUUUCGGUAUGAUUUUUUAUAAGAUGGUGUUUGGAGAUAUUCCUAUUUUUGACUUAAAUCAAAAGCCCAUAUUCUCUUAAUCUAGUAAUUAGUAUAUCAGCGAGCGUGUUAGAAAUAUUAUUCGACUUUGCUUACUUAUAAAUGUAGAUUAAAGGGCUGAAUGGCCAGAUAUUACUUAGUCUAUGUAGGAGGAAUAAAUUGAAUAAUAAUAUGAUUUAACUAUUAAGCCUUUACCUUUAACAAAUGAGUCACUGAAACUUGAAAAUUAGAUUAAUGAUGAUAUAGUGCCGUAUGAGCAUAAAGGUUUAAGUGAAAAAUACAAAAUGAAAAACAUGCUCUCAAAAGUGAAUGUAGAAUCUAAUUUGAAUAAUAACAACUAAUAAAAAAAAGGAAGAUUUUUUUAAAAAUCACAGCAAGAGAAAGCUGUUGAUGAUAAUGAGAGUUCUAAUUAAUUUUAAUAGAAAAAAGGAAGUUUCUAUGACAACGAUGAUAAUACAAUAGAAAAAAAUAGACUUGAUCAAACUGGCAUAAAGACAAAUGUAGAAAACGAGGAAGACGAUAUACAUGGAACAACAAAUAACUUGGAUUAUCAUUAAGUAAACUAAUCUGUAAAUAAUUCGAUGCUAAAUGAUAGCAAGUACAAAAUAAUUGAUUAUGAAAACAAUAAAUAUCAUCAUAAUGAAGAUUUGGAAAAUAAUAACAAUUAGCUGAAUAAUAUUGAAUAAAAUGUUGAAAAUACAUCCUAACAUACGCAGAUGUAUUAAGUUAACAAUACAAAUGCAGAUAAUGAGAACCUUAUUUAGAUAAAAACUGAAUAAGUUGAAAAUAAAUCAAAUAAUUUGUACGAUAAAAGCUAAUCACGUAGUCCUUCAAAAGCAAACUUCAACAACAACAGUAGAAUUUUAAAAUAAGAGGACGAUUAUGAUUAUAUAGAUUAAAUUUAGUUAACUGAUAAUAAAAAAUUUAGAGAAAAUAAAUAAGUUAUUUCUCAAUAAGAGUAAGGCACAAUAAAACCACAACCAAACAUACUUCUCCGAUACAACGAAAAAUAAGAAGAAGAAGUUAUAAGAUUAGUCCCAAGUAAAACAACUGGAGGAAACAAGCUUAGCUUGCUCAGAAAAUUGAUAAAAGCCCUACUAUUUAUUUUACUAUUUCUGACAGUAUUUUAUAGGAACAAUAUGGCUAAUUCAUGGAGUGCUAUAUUUGUAAGAGGUAACAUGAAGAUAAUUUAAAUGAGUUAUUAAAAUGGAAGCAAUUAAAACCAACUUGCAAGUAUAAUAACAACCAAUUAACAAUAAUUGCUGAAUUAUGAUAUUAAUUAUUUGCAAACUAUUUAAGUCUAUGGUUGUUUAGACAAUCUUUAAUUUAUGAGUACAACUAAUUAACUAUAAAUAAUUGAAGUUUUGAGAUCGACUGCCUUUUUCUUUUUUGCCUUUUUAAGCUUUCUAAGCAUGAUCUUUAUAUUAAUUAUUCGCAUUAUUCAUGUAUGGAGAUUAGAUUUGUACACAAUAUACUAAAAUUAUUAAAAUGGAUUGUUAAAACCAUAUAAUAGAUAUCUUUUCCACUGUUAAAUAAUAAGUUACUUAGAAUUCAGCUUUAUUUAUUAUAGUCAUUAUUAACUGUUUAAUUUUUUUUACUAUUGCGUCCUAAGCCCAUGCUUGGGUGUGACAGUUAUAAACAAUAACACCCCAAUACUAUCAGAUAGUUCUAAGUAUUAGCUAUCAGGCAUGCUUGGAGACUACUUUACAAAAAUUGUAUGCACUAAUGCUCUCUUUGGGACAAUUCAUAUUUUGUUUAUUAUUUAUUACAUAAUUUUUCCUCUAAAAAAUUCAGAGCUCUUUAUGAACUACUAUCAUGCAAUAAUACGAGGAUCAUCUUACAUUUUUGGAUGCUGGAUAAUGUGCAGAAUUGGAGGUUUCCUUAUAUUCUAACCCACAUAUAGUUAUGAUAAUGAUUCUUUUAUUGCUGCUACACUUGGAACUGGUGAAUACUAAUCUGUUUUUGGGUUUAUUCCUGAAUUAAUGGAAAUAAUACUUAUAGCUGUAGAUUUACUUGUUGAAUUUCUUUUCUAUUAAAUAGGUCUUUUCUAUGAUAAAUAAACUAACUAUACUGUUUCCAAAAGAAAGAGAGAUGCAGUGUAUCCAAAUAUCCAAUUUAAAAGAAAUCCUGUUCAUAUUUAAUUAAAAUCUUAACUUUCUUAUAAAUAAGUAACUCAUUCAUAAAAAACCUUAUCAAUGAAGUAAUUAUGA